AUGGAUGUGGGUACCGUUAGUGAGUUCGUUGCCCCUGGAGACGAUAUCACUGGACUAUCUUUCUCCUACAACCAAAGCUUUUCGUCUUACCCGGCCGCUUACAUGGAAUCUACUACUACCGGGCAGAGGCCUGCAAAGCAACUCAAAACUACUGAUAGUUGGAGUUCAUAUAUGAUCGUUACUGGCACCGAUCACAGUAAUCAGCACAUAGCAACUCCGCCUGAGGCUUGUUCUCCAUCCAACUUUAUUAUUUCUUUCAGUAGAAAUGGUCAUAACUCGCUGACGGAUCAUACUCUCCUAGCAUCGCAAUUCUGUGGAAACGUAGUUGAUAAUGUGAACCCUAAACCAAAGAUGGUUUCUCCUAGAAACAAAAACACGGUGUUCGCAUCUGAUGUUUCUUACAUGAAUCAUGUAGUGGUGGAGAGGAAGAGAAGACACAAGCUUAACCAGCGGUUUAUAGCGUUGUCUUCCGUAGUUCCAGGCCUAAAAAAGAUGGACAAAUUUUCAGUUCUUGAAGAUGCUAUAAAAUACUUGAAACAGCUUCAAGAAAAGGUGAAAACACUUGAAACGGUAGAGUCAGUAGUCUUUGUGAAGAAAACUAAAGUUUGCGCUGAUGAUAAUGACUCAUCUUCCUCAAACGAAAACUCCGAUGCUGAAUCCACCUAUGAUGAACCACUACCUGAGAUCGAAGCAAGAGUUUCAGACAAGAAUGUUUUGAUAAGAAUUCACUGCAAAAAACGCGAAGGAGUUCUUACUAAAAUACUUACACAGAUUGAGAAACUUCAUCUUUCUAUUAUCAGUUCAAAUGCCAUCCCGUUUGAUGAUUCAUCUCUUGCUAUAACAGUAACGGCACAGAUGAAUGAUGAAUAUAGUAUGACACUGAAGGAUCUGGUUAAGAGUCUACGAUUAUCAUAUUUAAAGGGAAUAAUGUAUUUUAAUAAUCAGCCACAUUGUUUAUGUACUACUCAUUCAAACUUCUAA